GCUCCGCAAGAGGCUGACCACCGAGGGUGACGACCCCUUCAACAACGACGACCUCGACACCGCCUACGAGGCUCUGGGAGUCGACGACGAGGGCAACGUCGCCACCAGCGUCCUCAUCGAGGCCCUGUGCUCCGGCGGCGGUGGCGAAUAGAUGAUAUCAGCAGGAUCCCAUCAAACAAUACCAUCGUGGGAGAGCGAGAGAGAGAAAGACGGAGAAACGUGGACCAGAGAGAUGAUGAUGAUGGUGAUGAAGACAAAGGAAAGAACAUCGUCGAGUGGAUGACGGAAACAACCAAGACAAGGAAACAAGCCAGCAAUCCAUUUGGCAUAACAACGAUUUCGGUGCAACUUAUUACAGGACGUUAUUGUUAAUAAGUCCAAAAUGACGUUUGUGUACAAUCAAAAUAAAUUACUACAAUAGUUUUUA